GGUCCAGCGGCCAGAGGCACUGAGUGUGAGGGCUUCAGACUCUGGAGAGGGGCUGUGCAAACACACAGGACAUCGCCAAGGAGGGCAGGUGAAGCUGUCUUCCCUGUCCCAAGACUCUGUGGAUAUGAAAGGCCUCCUGCUCCUGCCCCUUCUGCUGCUGGGGACAGUUUCGGCUCUUUAUCUGGAGAAUGAUGCUCCCCAUCAGGGCAGAGGAGAGACUCAAGCAGACCUGAGGCAGGAUCUGGAAGGCUCAGGAGAACAGGAGCGAGAGCUGGCCCUGAAUGAUGAAGUGCCUGAGUCAGAGGGAGAGGCCAGGGCUCCCAGCUCUCAAGAUGCCUUUGUGGAUGAGGAGGCCAUGGAGUCAGACCAAGCUGCCCUAGAUGAGAAUGUGGAGUGUCCCAGGGAAGAGGACAGUUCAAAUGCAGGCGAGCACUGGGGGCCUGACCCAUCUACUGUUGGUGGGAGCCCAAGGACAUUUAAGCAAGCUCAGUCACUGAAUUUUCAAUUCUGGGCCCCAGGGCAGCCUAGGAAUGGGAGUGGUCACUGCGUGUCCAUGACUGCCAGAGGGGAGCAGCGCCUUUGGUGA